CUUAAAUGAGUUUAACGCAAUGAACAUCUUUUUCCUGGUAAAAUUGGACAAUUUCUUUACUUUUACUUAUACUUCAUCAACUUAAUGCUGCACAUUUUCAACAAUAUGCAUUCAUUGUAUAUUUCGGCACCAUUUAGAAACAGUUAUUAGGCUACUUUUCAAAAUCCCUAUUUUUCACAGUUAAAAAUAUAUGAUACCGUAAGUAUGGGAAACAAAACAAGUCGAUUAACCAAACAACAGAAAUAAAUUAUAAGGGGAAAAAAAUGAAAGAAAAGCAGGAUGGUUAUAAAUUGUAAUAUACAUGUAUAUAUAUAUACACAUUUCACAUACAUAAUUUCAUGUUAUUGUUGCAGGCAUUUUACCAUACAUUUGUAAAAGUAAAGUUCUGGCAUUUGGCGUAAUAUUGCUACCCCAAAGUGAGGCCUGUAGGACCUAAUGUCUUAUCCUAGAACAGGGGUCGGCAGCCUACGGCACGCGUGUCAGAUUUGGCACGCAUAUCGAUUUUCAUUGGCACGCCGUAGACCCAAAAAAAAAAGGAGUGACUAAAAGAUGCGCCUUAAAUGGUAGACUUACACGUUUUUGGCAUGCUGAAUGAGUGAAAGCUAAUACCAAAAGGUUGCUGACCCCUCUUCUAGGAAAUUAACAUUCCUCAAGGAAUCGAGACUCGUGGCGCUUCUCCGUAGAAAAAUUAUCAAUGCAACAUAAGACUGACAGAACAGCUGCUGCAGAACAGCCCGAGUUAAAUCUGCACUUGCAGUUGUCCCAUUCAUUCCCCUGCACCUUCUGCACCAGAACAUUUCGUGACAGAAUUGGCCUGAUGUGCCAUCUGCGCACCCACAGGCAGUUUCAGCCACAGCAACAAGCCGAUGUUUAAAUUGGUCAUGAUCGACUUGCGACAGACGAACUAUCAGGAAAUGACUCUGAGGGCGAAUAUAGAAAUUCGAUCAUUAAAAAAAAAAACUCUCCAAUUUACUUAAACCAGUGUAUUUCAAGUUUUUUAUUUGAGUAGUAUCAAAUCGUUAUAUUGGACUCUCCCAAUUACAUUGACGUCGCAGGUAUUUAUUAAUAUUCUAGUCGAGUAAUAUGCUGCCAAGCAAGCAACAAUCGGCACGGUACUUCGCAGUAAUGGAAAGAAAAGAAAAAAAAUGUCAUUGUAUUUAAUUUUUAUUUGUGUAUAUUGCUUUUAUUAUAAAAUGUUUAAAAGAAAAAAAAAGGUUUAGUAAUAAAGCCAAAAAUUUAACAACUAAUUCGUCCGAACCGACUCACUCGAGCACACGACCGCUUUAGGUUCUAAGGUCCAUGCUGCAUAACGGUAAACGUUUAAACAAUAACAUCACAAGGUCUUUCAUUUUCGAAUGAACUCCUGAUUUUACCACUUUGUACGCGCCUCGAGGACCUUUUUCUCGUGCUAUAAAGGUUUCCUCUCUACAACUGCAUCUAAGAAUCAAAGCUGCCCAUUCUGACUUUUUAAUCAUUAAAGACUUUUUUGAUUCCCUAGAGAAGCUACACAGGGAAGCCAUUAACUUUAAUCAUAAGCUACACGUUAUAAGAAACUUAUUGUACCAGAAUGGUUAACGAAAUGCGUGCGCAACUUUGCACACAUGCCGUGAGCCGCACGACUCGCUCAGCUUCAAGCGAUGUAGAUUCAGAGCUACAAACGGAACCACGAGGUAAAUGAUCUAUCUAAACCAAAUGAUUGUGUUCCCCCUUUCUGUUAUCCCUUCUGUCUUCCCCAUACCAAACGUCUUUACGCGAAGAUUAUCAGCUUUAGAACAGUGCACAGUUUUGUUUGUUUCGUGUUUCUUUGACAGACAAUGCGGCGACCCGGGCUAAACCUUGAGGCCGUCAAACCGAAUGCCGUGAGCUUGUGAUGUCAUGUCAGUUGUGUGCAGGGAGACAGACACAGGUAGGCUGUACCUGAUGUGUGUUGAGUCCAACAGACACAGGUAGGCUGUACUUGACGUGUUGGGUCCACAUUACAUUAGAGUUAAGUAAUGAACAAGCCCCCCACCACCACACCCUAUCCCCGGGACGAUUAAAAAAACAACACACUAUAGGGAUUACAAUAAAUAUGUUUAAAUUUAAGUGUUCUAAACUAUAGCAUCACGUCUAAAAUGUAUCUGUAAGAAUUAGUUGGUGAGAAUGUACAAAUUAAAAAAAAAAAUGUUCUUAACGCAAAAUGCUUUUUAACUAUACCCCCCCUGUCCACAUUAAACUAAAGGUAAAACAGGCACGUGCAUAGCCCCCCCCCCCCCAACCCUCCGAUGUCCAGAUUAAUCUAAGCGUAAAUCAGGCGCGUGAAAAGGGGCUCCGCAACAAAGGAUCCACAUUUUUAAAAUUGAUCUAAUCAUAAUCCGACACUGUUUCCUCCCUCUAAGUUUCAAGGAUGAUUUUUUUGGUACUCAUUUCCUUAUUUUUAGAUUAUUGUCACUACUCAAUAAUAAUAAUAAAGUUUAUUUGAAAAACACGCUUUAUCCCCAAAAGCUCGAAGCGCGGUAUAAAGUCAACCAUUUUUAAACAAAUAUCUAAAAAACAAAUCUAAAAUUUACCACAUUUAAAAACAGACACAACAAUAUAAAACUACACACGAGCAUACCAAGUCAAAGUAUUUCAUCCCAUUUUAACCAUAAGCAACACAAUCCAAUAUACAUUAACUGGCAAAGAUGAUAGAUAGCAUCACCACAGAAAGUGUUUGCGAAAUAGAUGUGUUUUUAAAUCGGUUUUAAAGGACUCCAUGGGAUGUUCCAUAUUUAUACCAUAUUUAAGAGCAUGCUAGAGUAUCGCUGAUUCACUACAAAAAAAAAAAAAAACGUUUAGGGAACAAUGGACAGAUUACUGGACAUAUUUAAUGUGCACAAGAAGUUAAUUGUAUCAUAAAGUUAAUCAGACAUUUGUCCAUUCAGUUGAUCUAUCUACUGACAUCAAUCAACAGUUCGUUUGUUUUGAAGGUGGGAAAUGGUUUCAGUUAAGGUAACGUGUCAUUCGUCUUUAAAAAAUAUAUAUAUUUAAAAAAAUGUGUUUCAGAUUCAUCGGAGAAUGCAGAGUCCGUUUGUCCAGUGACCAGCCAACGCGUUGCAGAGGAGCUUGAAAACAGCAGCACUAAAGUAGCCGAGUCUCUUGCUUUUGAAUUUAUCGUUCUUCCCGCCAUUCCCAACACCCAGGGGGCCAUCAUCGUGACUGUUCGCAGACAUCGGCCACACACUAGACGAAGAUUCUUGAACCGCUGGACACGACAAAUUACCCGCCUGGCCAGGAACUUGAAGCACAGAAAGUACAAACACAACUCUCGAAUCGCUUCUUCAUCUCACAGGAAGUGGGAGGAAAGCGUGCCACGGUCAAAGCCUCGUAACAGCUCUUACCGGUCUUUGUCGCCUGAGAAAAGAAACGAAAGAGGGAAACACAUUAUCGCAUCGUUAUCCUGGCACGCUGGUAUAGAUUCCAGAGAAAAGAAGCCAGUUGGUGAAAAAGUCCAACCCAAACUGAGGGGAGACUGGCAGUCGGAUUUUACAAGUGUUAAGAAAACGUGCUCGGCCAUUGUGAUAUCGACGGCACCCAGGCGCCUUUCACAAAAUUUCGGUAUUGGAGCAAACCUGGGAGCUGGCAUUAAGAAAAAUAUUGACCUUUGCAAGGCAGAUACAGAUUUAUACUAUUCAAGUGGCGAUAGCGCGGCAGACUCGUGUGUCCGUUGUCUGAAGGGCGCCAACACCGCGGAAUCAAAUCCUCCUUUUUUAGCCAAUGCGUCACUGAGCACUUUUACACCAUGGUACCUGAUGCAAGGAGACGACUGCGUUCGGCUCAACUCCAUCAACAGUAAACUUUCCAGCAACAUCGCAUCCCUUGUAGUGACAUACGAUAUGGAAGACACGCAGAAAAAAAUGGUCGGCGAAGCGGGCGAUUCGAAACAGCGCAAGGAUCAAGCUACUCUUUAUGACCCCAUUUACGACUUCGCCUGUGAAUUCGCCGAGUCCCACGGCUAUGGCUUCGUUGUUUUCGUCGACGACGAUCCGAAGCCUCAGAGCAAAAGAGUUCGACGCAAGCGAUUAUCAUCUAAGACGCUCAUCAGUGGGACAUUUUUGCCUCACGUUCCGGUGGAAAAAGAUCGCCGCUGGCCCGUACACGUCGUAAAGUACACAUCACACACAUGUGAAAUGCAUCGCAAGAAAUGCCAAGUCCGACCAGCUGAAGUUCGAGAUUGCGUGUUAAAUCACAUGAACCUCACGCAGUCGACAAAGAAAGACGGUGACAUGAAGAAAAUAUUACGUAAAGAUCGCGUCAAGGUUGACGUCAAAGUGCAGGGGCCAGAGAGGUCCGCAUCGGUCUCGUCCAAGAAGCCCCAGAAACGGAGGUCCAGCAGCAGGGGUUCACAGUUUCCUGGGCAGCCGGGGGUGUCGCCAACCAGGCCGUGCUCCUCGUCGGCCACUAAACUGUGCAUGGCCCGGCUCAGUUCAGACGUAGAAAUCGACGGAAAAUUGGGGAGCAACAAAAAGCUGGGCAGCCCCGACAGCAAGCAUACACCGGAAUCACUCGCAGCCUACAGAGAACGCCUUAAACAGUGCUCUAAAAUGUACGAAGAGCAGCUCAUGAACAACGGCGGUUCUGUUCAUUCCGAUAUUGACACGAGAAAAUCAGCGGAAGGGGACGCAACGGUUAUGGAAAUUAACGACCAGGUGAAAAUGGCCGAAGAGGUUAAAGCUACCGCAUCGAAAUUGCGGCCAGCCAACCAUAAGUUAAAGUCGAAACAAAAAGAUCCCCUUACCAACUAUUACUCGGUCGAUGCAAGCGAAGAGAAUUUAAGCCGAAACCAUGCGCCAGAGGAUGAAAAUCUUAAUACAGUCGAAGACGGCGGAGAGUUACCAGUUAAUGUGACGUCAUCGCUACCUCGACUGUGUGACAAGACCAGCAAGCAGUACAAAUUGUAUAAUUCGAUUUCGGCCACCAUCUUCCGGGAGUCUCAGCUCGCCCAGAGGAACUUUGGGGAAUCGGAGAAUUCGGAGAACCUGCCGCUUGCGAAGAUUGAUUUCGUUCGCGUAAAAGACGACACCGUUAAGAAGAAAAGCUCUGGAAUCCACGUAAGCCAAGAGCUCUACCACGCAGUCAGGCACCAUUUUCAGAACAUACCCCGCAAGAUGAAACCCCUGUACGGCGCUCUGCCCUGGCAAUCUCUGGGCCGCGUGCGCUGCUCGCAGCACUUGACUUCAGUUUCAGUCCAACCUCACGCGGUGGCCAUUAACUCUGAGAUCUUCAGGCACACGCGGGACGGGGAAAAGUCUGAGAGCUGCCCCAACCUUUCGCUGCGGCAAAUGCACUGUGACCGGGGAUUGCAGGAGCAUCAACGUAAGCAGUCACCGAUCAAAGAAGACGGCUCCCUCUUGGCGAUCGGAGAUGCUCAAGCUGGAACGGAAGCAAGGAACGUGACAAUCAAUGAAACAUUAACCCCCGCCUGGGGAGACUGCAUCAAUGUGGAUUUUAACGAUUCUAUCGAGAACUCGGUGGUCAAAAAGUCUGAAAAAGAUAGAGCUGAGAAGGUAUUUGAUGGCGACCAUGGCUCACCACUUUUUGAGUCAUCGGCCUCACAUAUCAAUGGAAAGGCUCCGAUUUCAAUCUCAAGAAAUGUCCACUCUAUGGAGUGCAACAGUGAUGAAACGUCACCAAUGAAAGGCAUAUCUCCACAGAAUCUCUCGAGUCCAGCAGAUUUGAUGACAUAUCUGGAAAGUCAGACAGGCGUCAACAACAACCAGCGACGUGAAGAAGAACCUGAAGAUGCUGGCGAGUGCUCGUACUCGUACGAACCCCGAUUCGAAGACGUGCGGCGACAGUACGACAAUGUAAACAACAACGCUCUCCCCGAUAAAAGCUCGCAGAGUGAUAUGCAUCUUAAAGACGACCAGGUGGCACCGGAAGGAGCGUGUAACCCACCAAUCAGAACCCUCACAACAUCUCCGCUUUCGGCGGGACAGGGCGAGGACCCACAGCCUCCGAAACACGUCAACUUCAUUUCCGGUAAAAACAUGGAGGAAUACCUGCGGCUCCCCGUCUUGCCGCAGAGGUCCAAGUCGACGACCAACAACGGCCACAAAAUGAAGCUAACUUGCGAUAACCGGGACGUCGUUGGCCAGAUCCCACCCGUUCCUCGAUCUUCGUGCAUUACCAAAAGCCCGAGCCCCAUGAGGACAAAAAGCACUAUCAAAAAGGAGCACGGAGACAUGGACUUUGGUCAGAGUUCAAUGUUUCCCGCCGAACAUUCCGGGAGCGCCGAAUCGUGGAUGUCGGGAAUCAUCGGAAAACACAACAAAAGGAGACCCCCUCGGCUUUCUCCGGUUCCAUGCAAAAGUAUCCAACACCCGCUCGGUAACAUCAAUGCCCAGGGAGACAACGUCUUAAAAGAAAAAAGACUUUUCGUGUCCGUUCCCAAGUUGGAUGCAUAUAACCAAGUCAAGUUUAAAAACAACAGUUCCCUUGUAAGCAUCCCGCGGAAUCCAGAAGGUGGUGACGAACUGAUGCAAUUCACCACGCCAACCAAAAAUGACCACCAAGAAACGAAUGAACCAGCCCAUUCAGACUUCGUAUUUCUCCUCCCCAUUGAAGAACACAAAAGUUUAAUAACGGUGAAACAGUGCACGGGCAAGCGAGGGGCCGAUGAGAAGUCAGCAGGUUUUCACAGUUCUAAAUAUGCGUCCAAGCAAAAAGAUAGCUCCAAAUCUCCACAUUUCAGCACAGGAAGGUCAGGGUCAGGUGAAAAAAUAGCAAACAAUUCACAAGAAGUUAAAGACGAUAGUCUUUUUCCGUCUCUAAAUUUCUCGAACACCAAUGAGAGUGAGAAUAAUAACAACAACGCCUUAGACAGCGAUAACUCGACUAACCAGGAUUCUAAUUCACACUCAAAAGGAGGCAGCCAUCCGCAGCUCAGUUUUGCUGCAUCGCUGCGAAAGUCGAGGUCCUACGUCGUCUUACGUGCUGAAAACUGCUCGGAAAAUCAAAACUCGAACGCCUCGUCAAGUAAAACGGACACUUCGUCAAAUACCUAUUCUAGCUCCUCAAAUCGUUCCAACGUUUUAGCAAGCUCGACAAGCUCAGCAGACAGCGUCAGCGAGGAGAGCUUUGAACAAGCCCUCGACCGUGAGCUCCAGAUGUUGUUAGAAAGUCAGAGCUGUUGUAGACCUCCCCGAGAUACGAGCGCUCCUAUAUGCGCCUCUCGUGUCCCCAAUCUUAAUACCAGCAACGUCACAAAAAAGCCAGAAUGUUGCAACUGCAGUGAGAACAGUGGUAGAGGGAUCCACGAGUCACGCUCUACAAGUAAAGCGAGAAUCAGAAACAGGUGCACUCGAAAUUCAGGAGAAAACAUUGCUACGGCUACGAAUGAAGACCAGGUAACAGCACCUUCCGACAACGCGCAUGCGACAGAAGAAAACGGACCGAUGCAGAAUGUACCAGCGAUCUCCGAGUCCGUCGUGGAACAUGCGAUUCCACCGACGACGACUCUUAAUGAGGAGAGAAGUGCGUUCUGCCAGCACCCGACAAACACAUUCGCCCCAAUCGAUCAGCCGUACAGGGACCCUCAAAGGAACGAUCACACGGUGGCAUUUCUUGAUACCCGUGUGCGCUGCCAGACGGCUGCGUCUAGAGAUAGCGUUCCUUACUGUCCGACCACGGAAAACUACUGGGACACAGCCGGUCGUGAAUCGUUCAUUAAAAUGUAUGUGCCCGAAACUAGUCGUCAGUCCAGCAAUGAUGUCAAAAACUACGAUCCUUUAACCAAUGUUCGUGUGGACAGGCAGCUGUCAAGUACUGUUAAAAACUGGAGAACUCCAUCUGCUUUCAUGGAAAACGUGAACAGAUUAUCGCCCGAAGCUCCCCAUUCAAGCAGGCAUAAAAUAAGUUCAAAUGUCACACUGCCGCAAAAUAACGAAAGUGUAUCAGAGCUAAACAAAACAUUGGACUCGCGGCAGUUGCGGUCACAGAGCAACUUCACCAAGCGACUAGAAGAGGUGGCUAGAACCGCCCAGGAGAGCCUGCAGUCACUCCAACGCCUUGUCGAAAGCAAAUUUAACCUCUUCAGGACGAGGAGUUACAAAACUGUUGAAUCGGAUAAAGACGAGAGUGCCGACGAACCGGAUGCCAUACAGCUAAACACGCAGAAAGCCCGGUCCAGGGGCGUCAAUAUGGAGCUACCGUUGAAUGUCUCAAAAUACAAUAGAGACAAAAAAAGGCAGCUCACGGACACGCCGAGAGAUGAUGAGGGUGACGCUGGUGAUGAGACUUUGAAUCAAGACGUGUCAAGCAUGUCGGGCAUGAGUGACACCACGUUCCCCACAAUUCAGUUCAAUGAGGUCAAAACUUCCACUUACGAUCCGUCAGGCUUGGAGAGUACCUCCUUCGGGCAGAAUUCCGCUCCCAACACGACACUGUCACAAGAGACGGUUAACACUCAUGUUAAAAAAAAGACCGUGAAAUAUUCACGACGGAGCGCAGUUACUAAAUCCAAUUCUCGGAGGCCGCAGAAGGGAACCCGGAGGGCAAGGAGGAGAAAUAAGAGCUCCAGGGGACGCCGCCGUUGGAGGUACUCCACCACCAGAUACAAAAGUGUGCGUCAAUCGAUGCAAGAGACGAACGGCCCGAUCAAAAAGCACUGUUGCAUGGGAAGAAAUGGAAACUCCAGAUACCAGCGAGCCGAGCACAGCCGGGCGUGCAGGAGAAGGCAAAUGAUGGAGGGCACAUGCUGUAACCUGUGUUUGCCCGUACAGCAGCCGUCGUCGUGGGAAGAUAUUGUGAACAAACAGAAUCGGCCGCAGAGACAUCGCGCGCACAGGCCUCGCAAGAAGAGCAGGAGUUCCCGCCAAGCAAGUGGAAGAAGUAGAGUUCGCACCAGGAAGAAACGUAGAGAUAAACUGGUCAGAUUUUACGUGAGCCCUCAUGCAAGUAGACGUAAACACAGGACGCUUAGGUCUCCAGAGCUCCAGAACUGCAGCAGGCGAACAUGCCGGAAACACUGCAGCGCAUGCAUGCACAUAAUGAACAACCAUUUGGCGUUAUCUCACUCAUCGAGAAACAGUUCAGAGAAUAAUCUGAGUGAAGAUGCGCCAGUCGACAGUGUUUCUGGAUCAGCACGGCUAAACAUGCCAUCUAGUAGGAAAUGUCACCAAAUAAACAGCCCGUCGAAACGAAUGAGAAAAGAAACGAGAUAUGUUAUAACACCUAAAGGUCAAAGAGCAUUGUAUCAAAUUAUGCAAAGACGAAACGACCGUUUGCUGGGGAACGUUUUAAGGAUCAGCGAGGAUCGUGCAAACCAACGGUCAGUGUCCCAGAUCGAAGAAAUUGUACGUCGCUUCAGGCGUCUCAUUUCUCAAUUUCCAGAUAACAGGCUUCGCGCUUUAGAUGAACUUAUCAUCAGCAAAGAGAGAAUGGGCCGUUCAUCGCAGACGCGGCUCCUCGCAAUCUCCGGCCAAUCGCCUGCCAGGUCGCGUAGAGUGCUGAGACAAACACCAGACGACAGCGCGAACGCCGUGACCACGCGGGGGGUGGCGGGGGUGAGACAGCUUCUGCUUGAACCAUAUCAACCCCACGCGAGCACGGCCGACCCAUCUCUGGCAUGCGACGGCGAUCCGUCUUGGGGCGACGAGAGCUUGGGGGACGGUCCCUCCGGUCUAGACCAGGUGCCCGUCGAUAACGUUUUCAGACGGCCAGGUUUGUAUUUCUUCAACACGACGGCCGGCCAGGACGAUGAGAGUCUGGAGGACCUGGCUUCCGCCGGGGAAGCAACGCCACCCAGGAGAACUGUCCGGCCUGGUCCAGUGGACUCCUUGAGCCUCAUCAGAAAAAAUCUCUCCAAAAACAAGAACACGAGUAGGAAUGCUAGCAAACGAGGAGCUCCGAAACAGAGGGAUUUCAACUUCAUGGAUUUCGCCAACAGGGCUGGUCAUAAAUGUUAUUGUUUUAACAGUUCGGGAAAUCUGUCUGAUGAAGAACGCGGUGGGUACUUGGAGGACGGCUCAAGUAGAUCUGCUUCCCUCUUAGGCCUCGACCCCAGACAGGUCCAACCUGCUGUUCAUUUGAACCCACCAUUUCAGUUUGGUUUUGAUGAAAACGCUCGACAAAAUUUCUUAGAAAAUAUGCAAUUUUUCGAGCAGUACCAGAGUCGACAGAACGCGUUCUUGAGUUCCUUCGUUUUAUCCGAGGGUUACAGAAUUGUCCCACCGGGGGCGGCAGGAAAUUACAGCGUAACACCGGACAUUGCAUAUUUUCAAAAUGACUUAUCGUUUAUGAUGGAAACGGACGUUUUUGGUGAAUCGAGUGAAGUUAAUACGUCAGGGGAGAACAGUUUGAUAAACAGCGUCUUGGAUACGUUUUUUCGCACUGACCGCUGCAUUGUGGGUGAGAGAAACCGAGAGCCUUCUGAAACAUUAAACCAAGCCAAACACGAUGAGAACGCCUCUCGUGCCCCUAUGUUAAACCGAGAGCCUUCUGAAACAUUAAACCAAGCCAAACACGAUGAGAACGCCUCUCGUGCCCCUAUGUUAAACCGAGAGCCUUCUGAAACAUUAAGCCAAGCCAAACACGACGAGAACGUCUCUCGUGCCACUGUGUUAAACCGAGAGCCUUCUGAAACAUUAAACCUAGCUAAACUCGAUGAGAACGCCUCUCGUGCCACUAUGUUAAACCGAGAGCCUUCUGAAACAUUAAACCUAGCUAAACUCGAUGAAAACGCCUCUCGUGCCCCUUUGUUAAACCGAGAGCCUUCUGAAACAUUAAACCUAGCUAAACUCGAUGAAAACGCCUCUCGUGCCCCUAUGUUAAACCGAGAGCCUUCUGAAACAUUAAACCUAGCUAAACUCGAUGAAAACGCCUCUCGUGCCCCUAUGUUAAACCGAGAGCCUUCUGAAACAUUAAACCUAGCUAAACUCGAUGAAAACGCCCACCGCGCACAAAAAUUAAAAGCAGAAAAUCUGUGUUCAAGUUCCUAUACUUCAAUCAUUUCGUCGAACGCACAGGAAUCGAGCGUUCGAUCUUUGCCAGGCAUCUCAGAAUAUUUCACAAACGUCAACGAAGGUAAGUCAAGCGAUAAAGGGCGCGCUGAAGACAAAGCCUCACCAGCUGCGCGGGAAGCUGAAAGUGGGUCUCAGAAUAAUAGCCACCGAGAAGCAUCGGGCAAUGGUGGAAAGGGUCAGCUUGGCCGUGUCAUUAAAAGACCACAGUUCACGUCCUCUUUGUGGAAAGGUUUUGAAAGAGCAAAGGAAGCUGAUCUUCCCUCGGAUAAACACGUAAUGAAAGAGCCAGGGACUUCAAAUAACGGCACGGGUUCCUGUUUUAAAGUACCAGGUGUCCGCCCACUCAUAAAGAAAAGAAAGUCAAGUUUGCCCGUCUCACCUCCUGGCUUCGAUGACAGCAUGCGUCUAUGCUCACAUUCGACAAAUCCGACAGCAGCAGAUCUGAAAGCAGCGAGCAGCUCUGGCCUUGCGGUGCGAGAUGACGCUCGGGAAAAACACUUUGGCGGUGAAGAGAGUAAUAAAAUAAAUUCAGAUGGUGAAGAGAGUUCAAAAUCGUCAGCUGCUUGCACAACUCGGCAGGAGAUGACGCCGAAUUUGCCAGAAGGCUUGGGUGAAACACGGCUCCCUCACAAUGAAGACAUGUCUGCUCUUUCAGUUUAUCGUGCGUCGCCGAAUAAAUGUUUCACUUUAGAACCAAGCUCAAAUUCUGACAACGGAGCUGGCAAACAUUCAAUCGAAAAUGCCACAAACGCCAUGCCAACUUCGGCACUACCGGAUCCUAUGAUAGAUUUAGCACCAGAACAUAUUUCUAAAAUAAUAGACACGGAUCGUCCGCUGUCGCAGCACUCGCGUGAGUCUCAUACAAAUGUCCUCAUAGAUAUGUUUUGUCCAGAAUCACACCAGACACGCACAUGUGGAACUGAAUCUGAGGAAAAAACGACUCCCUUGGUCAUUUCUCCUAAAAUAAUAGUCGCACCUGAGGAAACUAAAGAAAAUCCAGAUGACUUGGCGAGCCCAACAACAGCGGGAGAAGUACGUAGGGGAUCAAUGGCUGAAGAGCAAGCUGGAAAAUUACAGCCGCAGCAAGACGAUUUGAUGGGAAACCACAUAACAAAAGGCAGCAUAGUUGAAGGGGGGCUUCGGCAAUUCAGGGACGUGCGAUGCCACAAGGAAAAUAACCUUAUAUCCUACGAUAAAAUUGUCUGCAAUCAGAGAGAUACAGGUAGCGCCACCAGCUUCCAGUGUGAAACCCAACACACUCUCAUUGUACACACCCCUGGAAUCAGCACCACUUGGCACUGCAUCGUCCCACAAAAUUCCGAACCGCCGACCCACCAAAGAAAUGAUGAGAGCGAAACAAGAAAUACACAACAAUGUGGUGGCACGCGCUCUCACAACGUCCCCCAAGCCCAUUGUUCCAAAGAUGAACGUUUUGGCACAUGUGAUAAAAUCAGCACCUCGCCUGGACGACAUGAAAACGGAAACUAUUUAACCACGAAGCCAACUCGUGGCAAUUCAAAUUCCGAAGGGUCGAAAGACGGGAACCUUGGGUCUUCAACUAGUCCAGACGAGGUUGUUCACUUUAAUCCAACUGUUCAGCCAGAAGAAAUGCCGCUGGCGGAUACAGGAAAUGCCCCAAACGCGAAUGGCAUUCACCAAUUUAUAAAAAGGACUUCUGGUGUUAACCCAUGUAAUGAUAAUUCUUGCCCACCAGGACCACGAAUGGCAACCAUACAAAGCAGAGGGUAUGAACGUCAAGACGGGAUUCACGCUGAUAAUAACUUUGAGCAUACAAACAGUUCAGCG